UUGAAAUGUGUAGGGAAUGGGGUUAUUUAAGGUUGUCUUUUUUACCAAAGGAAAAUUUGUAAGAGAUGAAGGGGUAACAUAUGAAGGGGGCGAUGUUUUUGCUAUAGCUGGUCAGGACCCAGAUUUCUGGUCAUAUUUUGAAGCAUGUGAUUUACUUAAGUCUUUGGAUGCUUCAUUUAUAAAGGAAGAUGUGAAAAUGUGGUGGAAGUCCGAACAUGGCUCACUUGAAAAUGAUCUAAAACCACUUGUUAAUGAUGAGGAUGCAACAUUGUUAGCUAUGUGUGCUGAGGAGACAAAGUCUGAUAUUGAGAUAUAUACUGAGCCAAAAGAAAAAGAAAAUGUUAAUGUGGAGGAAAGUGAAGAUGGUGAAUCAAGUGAAGACUCUUUGGAUGGCAUACAUUUUGAUGAUAGUGAAGAGGAGAGGAUGAAUGAUAUUGAUGAAGAUGUAGGUGAAGAGAUCAACAAUUCUGGUGCAGGUGGAGUAGAAGAUGGUGCAAUUAUGGAUGGAGUAGAAAAUGGUGCAGGUGGAGUAGAAAAUGGUGCAGGUGGGAUACAUACAGGAAUGAUGACAGCAGAGAUGGAAAGGGAACAUUUAAUUGAUGAUGAAUACUUAACAGAUGAGCUUGAUAGUGGGGCAGAUGAUGAUAGUGAUGAUGGUAGGCCUUCAGUGAUAAGGUUUAGGGAUGAUGAAAAACUUAGAAAGGAAUUUAAGUUCAAGGUUGGAAUGGAAUUUUCAUCUCUGAAGCAAUUUAAAAAGGCUGUACUGGAACACAAUGUGUUGAAUGGUAGGGAAGUUAAGUUUGCCAAAAAUGAUGGGGAAAGGUGCAGGGUUAUUUGUAAGGAUAAACAACAAUGUGGUUACACUGUUUUAUGCAGUAGAGUUUUGAGAACUGAAUCUUUCAGGAUUAAGACUUUAAUUCAGAAGCACAAAUGUGGAAGAAAGUUCUUCAACAAGAAUGCUAAUGCUGAUUGGGUGUCUAGAAUAAUUGUGGACAAGUUGAAGAACAAUUCAGGUAUGAAAUUGAAUGAGAUUGUUUCUGAUGUUAGAUUGAGGUUUGCCACAGAAAUUACUGGAUGUAGGGCUUUCAAAGCAAGGCAAAUAGCUAGAAGGGUUGUUGAAGGUGACUCAGCCAAGCAGUAUAGUAUGUUAUGGUCAUAUGGAGCUGAAUUGAGAAGGGCAUGUAUAGGUAAUACAUUUAAGUUGAACAUUUCUGGUUUGCCACCUAAGUUUGAAAGGUUCUACAUGUGCUUUGAUGGUACAAAGAGAGCAUUCAAGAAUGGUUGUAGACCUUUCAUAGGAUUGGAUGGUUGUCACUUAAAGAACAAAUAUGGUGGAAUAUUGUUGAUAGCUGUCAGUAGGGAUGCUAAUGAUCAGUAUCUUCCACUUGCCUUUGGUGUUGUGGAGACUGAGUGUAGGGACUCUUGGAGCUGGUUUAUGAGGUUGCUUCUUGAAGACAUAGGUUCUGAUAAUAGGUGUUGCUUCAUUUCUGAUCAGCAAAAGGGAUUGGUGAAUGUAUUUGAGGAAGACUAUCCUGAAUUUGAGCACAGAUUUUGCUUAAGACAUUUGUAUGCUAACUUCAAGAAGAAGUUUGGGGGUGGUACACUCUAUAGAGAUCUAAUAAUGGCUGCAGCAAAGGCAACCUAUUUUGAAGAUCAUGAGGCUAAGAUGAAUCAAAUUAAAGAGGCAAAUCCAGAUGCCUAUGAAUGGAUGAAUGCUAUUCCCAAGAAUAAGUGGUGCUUCUGUGCAAGUAGGAGGGAAAUCAAAGAAGUCAAAGUCUACUGCAAAUGUGUAUAG